GCGAUACAUUUUUGUUCAGAACUAAUAGGUAUAUUUAAAUUCUGAUUUCUAUGAUUUAUUGAAAUAAUGUAAAUAUUGCAUGGCGGUUCAUUCCACUGUGGCGACCCCUUAAAAAAAGGGACAAAGCAGUCGAAAAAUGAAUAAAAGAAUUAUCACAUAAAUAUUUCUGCUUAUAUUCUGGUUAAAUGAUACUUUAAUUAUAUUAUUAUACAAACACAUUUAAAAGCAUUUGACAUAUUUAAUUUAUUUUCAGAUUGUGUGCAUUUUAUCAUCAAAUUAAAGUGAUUAUAUAUUUUCAAGCGGUACUCUUCACAAUUUAAAUGCUUCUGAAGUUUCUAAGCCGUUUAUAACCAGCCUCACAAGUACAACUUGAUGUCGUUCAGGAAGCUUUCAGACCUUUUCCCGGGUCACUGCUUCUACAGGUCAGCGGCAUAGCAACAGAGAGGGGCGUGGCCGAUGACCUCAUCAGAGCUGAUUAUAGGCUCUGUUGUAAUAAUGAAGCAGUUCACCUGACCCAGCUGGAGCUUAGAGAGAGACACACUGAGAGAGAGAGAGAGAGAGAGAGAGAGAGAGAGAGAGAGGCACACAUACUGUACACUCGGGGUGAGUGAAAAACACACACGUACAGAGAGAGAGAGGAAGAAAGAGAGAGAGAGAAGGUGGAGCGAGGCUCAAUCUCUGCUCAGUCUUUCAGGAGUAAUCAGACACUCACAGGUGGAUUCUCUGCCAGGUUUACAGCUACACACACACACACACACACACACACAGAGGGAGUGGCUGGAGCUAAAGGUAGUCAGUGCUGCGUAACUCCCACCUCUCAAACCCUCCCGGAGGAGAAACACAAGCGAAACACUGACGCUGAGCAGGAAGUGCUGCAACUUUCUGGAAGACUUCUGGAGUAUUUACAGGAACCACGUAUACAGCAGGAGUGUGAGUGUUUGAUUUAAUGACAGUCAAACUUCGGCUUCUGUGUCUACUCAUUCUCAAUCUGGAAUAUAAAGGCUGAACAUUGGCACAGGAGUGAACGGAGCGACCGAGAGAGAGAGAGAGAGAGACGCUGGGAUUUAUCUUCACACACAAAAAGCUUUUGUGUUCUUGAGUGAAACUGGAGCUCGUGCAGGUUAAACUACUGGAGACUGAAGUUCACACACACACACACACACACACACACAUACACACACAAGCAGGAUUUGUUUAUACACUUGCUGGAUUCCACUUUAAAGGUGCAGUAUGUCGGUUUCCUAGUGGCUGAUCUGGGUAUUGCGGUCUAAAUUCAAAAUACUGGGGAGGGUUUCUUUAUUAUUUCAAUUUUUUAUAGAUUUUCUGAUUUGCAGAUAACAUAGAUAAAUAUCAGAUAUCGUGGAUUAACAUAACAACACCAAGUAAAUUAACAAAUAACAUCAUAUACAGUUAAAUGAGUGUUAAAUAAUAAAUGCAAAUGAUUUCAGUUAGUAAACAAACCAAACCAAAACACACAGUGAAGAAAUAAUAUUAUAACCAUUAUUAUUAUUUUUCCAAUAAAUCGACGCAGGUUGCCAGAUUGACAACACCAACAGGCCACAAGCAUGUCUGAUGGUUGAUCAGCUAAUGUUUAAGUUUGUAAUAUCUGUAUUUAAUUGCUAAUUAAGAAGCAAGCCGUGUGCAUUUUUAAUAACUCUGGGUUGAUUUUCUUAUUUGCAAAUAAUGCAGUUGAAUAUUAAAUACAAGGGAUUACAUACAAACAUAACAGUAAUAAAUAAAUAAAUAAUAUCAAUGUGAAUUUAAGUAAGAUGAAUGUAAUGGAUGUUAGCAAAUAAACCAAACCAAAACUCAUACAGAAAAAAACAAACAAUAAUAUUAUAACCAUCGUCAUUAUUUUGUCUUUGAGAGCUUUUUUAAUUUCACAUGAUCGCUCUGAUAUUGACACAGGUUGCCAGAUUGAUGACACAAACAGACAGUUAUUCAGCUAAUGUUUAUGUUUGUAACAUUUGUGUUUGUCAUACUAAUUGUAAGCUAGCUCAUGUGUAUUUUCAUAACUGAAUCUGCGUCUCAUUUGGGAGGCUGCUUUUGUCCUAGUGGUUGACCUAGGUAUUGCGGUGUAAAUUCAAAAUAUUGGGGAGGGUUUUUUCAUUAACGAUUUGAACUUUUUAACAAUACCAAAUAAAUACCAUCAUAUAAAUGUAUGUGCAUAUUAAAUAAUUAAUGUAAAUUAUGUUUGUAAAUAAACAAACAAACUAAAAUUCAUACCAAAAAAUAAUUAAAUUGCUAAUAUCAUAUUAUUAUUUUGUCCCAGAAAGGUUUUUUUCUGACCUGAUCACUUUGAUGUCGAUGCAGGUUGCCAGAUUGAUGAGACAAACAGAUCACGAGGGUUAAUCAGCUAGCUUAUGUGUGUAAAAUUUGUAAUUAUUGUACUAAUUAAAAAAACAGCUCAAGUGUAUUUUUAUAAAUCUGAAUCUGCGUCUGAUUUCGGAGGCUGCUUUUGUCCUUCGUCUGCAUACAUUAAACUGAAAUUAAAUACUCUAUCUUCCAUAAAGGCAACCUGAAGUGCUGAAAUAUAAUUGGUUUAACUGGUAGUGGGCGGAGUUACAAAGAUCAAAGCAAAGACAGACAUUCCAAAACGGAACACACAUUCUAAAAUAGAAUAACUGACUGCAGAAUUGUUUUUAAACAAACAAAUAUGUUCACUUAAACAUCUGCAAACAUAGACAUCACCGAUAAAUUAUAUCAUAUAAAUUUAUGUAAAACCUUCCUGGUCGCCUAAAAUGUUUAAGCUGAAUCAAAUUAUUCUUAUGAGACUAUUGAACUUCUAUUAUGUUAAACUGAAUUAAAACUGCUUGCAUAACUUAUCAAAUUAAGUUAGAACAGGAUUAAUUUAGUUUAAUAAGUUACAGAGAGCUCAAUGCAUAUGCUGUCUUGUCUAAUUGUUCAUAUUAACUUCUAAAUCUGAUUGUAAUGCAAUAAUGUGCACAUUUACACAAUAAUUAUAGCCAAAAGCACUAUACAAAACACCUUGAAUUGAAUUGAAUGGAAUAUUGUGGUAGUCAUGCUUUAGAAGAGUCAAAAACGUCCAUACAGCACCUUUAAAAGAUUCAAUGCAAACCAAAACAUGGAUCCAGCAAGUAGGAUUUCUUCAAGGUUUUCAUUGUCGAAUCAGCCAACAGCGGUGCUCACUUCAUUCCGAACACUCCCAGAUGAAAGCACGAACCUCCAUCUUGAUCCAAAUAUUGAAGAUGAUGCAAAACCCGAAGAUGAAAUGAAGGAUAAGCUGCUUCCGGAUACAGAAAGGCCUUCAUGGAGGUUGUCUGAUCCCUAUCUAGUGCAGGUCACCAGAGUGGAGACGUACAUUGAUGACGAGGACAUUUCAGAGGAGUCUGGGGGUGAGUGUAAAAAAUCCGAGGAGAAGCUGGAGAGUCUUGUGGAGAGAUCGCUCAAAGAUGCUUCAGUUCUGAGCCGGACGAGUUCGCUCGGGAAACUCAACAAACUCAAUGCAUCGCGUUUGCUGGAUGAUGCUAGGAAAGAAACAUCAGUGGCAGACGUCAGCAGCUGGAGACGAUUCAUGACUGUGCGUACAACCAGUACAACACACAGUGAUGUUAAAGACGCUGCUGAUUCUCACCAAGAAGGGAAUUUAGAUCCGGCGGAUCCUCUAAAAGCAGAUGAAGUUGUGAGUUCAGCUUCUUCAGAUCAUCAGUCGGAGACAGAAGAUGUUUCUGCUGGAAAUUCACCUGCUGCUAAACGUGCACUGUGUGCACCAGAAGCUCAAUCUCCUCCUCAAAAACUGGACACCGUUUCACCCAAAAUCGGCGACAAGUUCCAAGUUCCAGCUCUUUUCAGUGGCCUUCGUGUGUUAAAAAAAGGAGCCGUCGGAGACGAGCGGGAGACACUUUCAGAAAUUAAACAGAAAGAUGCAGAUCGAGCGCUACUGAGCCUUAAACAGCACGUCAACAAAGCCAAAACUGAACCGCUCACCAUAACCAAGAAGAAAACCGAACCACGAAGUCUAUCAGAAAUCACUAAUUUGCUCCAGAAAGCAUCAAACGUUGAGGAAAACAACAAGCAAGAGGAAUCUGCGGAUAUAAAAACAGCAGCUAAAGAUGAACAAACAGACUGCAGUGUGAAGCCAUCAACAGAUUUGGCGUAUGAUGCAUUGAAAAGCAAAUUAUUUGGAUCUAAAUCUCCUAAAAAGGACCCUGUGGAUGCAUCGCUGGAUUUGGAGGCGAUUAAGAAGAAGAAGAAAAGCGAUAAAGAGCUGCUCAGGUCCUUCUUUGAGAAGCAGAACAAAACAAGUGUUGCUGAAACCAAGAGCCCUGCUGAGGUCAAAUCUGAAGUCACGUCUCCAUCCGAUGGCGAAGACCGAACGCCUGGACGUCUGCAGGCUGUCUGGCCUCCACCUAAAGAGGCCGCCGAGGAGAAGGUGGGACUGCGUUACACAGAAGCAGAGCAUCAGGCCGCGCUCCUUCAGCUGAAGAGAGAGAGUAAAGAGGAGCUGGAGAAACUGCAGGCAGAUUUCGAGCUGCGGAUCUUCCAGGUGCGAGGGGAGCAUGCGGAGACCGUGUCCCGCCUGGAGAGCAUCAUCAGCGGGAUGCAGCAGCAGCAGGUGCAGCACCCGGUGCAGGAGCGCGGCGAGCUGCAUGAGGUGUGUGUGUCCACUGAAGAUGACCUGCCUCCCAGAAGCUUCCGCAAUGUGUGUGUUCAGACUGACCGCGAGACCUUCAUCAAAACCCCUGAGGGUGAAGAACCCAGACCAGCUUUGAACUCCAGCGCCAGCCUGCCCAAAAAACUCAACCUGGACUCCAUCAGCAUGAGUCUGGGUGUAGCUCUGCCCACUCCACCUCCUCUUCCUGGUAGCUCCGCCCCUCCUCCUCCGCCUUUACCUGGGGUUGCACAUGCUCCGCCCCCACCUCCACCUCUUCCCGGAGCUCCACCUCCUCCACCUCUUCCCGGUAGCUCUGUCCCGCCUCCUCCACCUUUACCUGGGUUUGCACAUGCUCCGCCCCCACCUCCACCCCUUCCCGGAGCUCCACCUCCUCCGCCACCCCCACUGGGUCUUCCCGGAGCUCCGCCUCCUCCUCCACCCCUACCUGGUUUUCCAGGAGCUCCGCCUCCUCCUCCACCCCCACCGGGCCUACCAGGAGCUCCGCCCCCUCCUCCAGGUCUCCCAGGAGCUCCACCCCCUCCCCCUCCUGCUUUCGGUGGUUUUGGAUUCGGACAGGUGGCAGAGAAAGCUCCUCGUAAACCCGCUGUGGAGCCAGCCUGUCCCAUGAAGCCGCUGUACUGGAACCGCAUUCAGAUUCAGGACAACAAUAAUAAUACACUCUGGAGUUCACUGGAAGAGCCUGAUAUCAUAAACACCACAGAGUUUGAGGAGCUGUUCUCCAAAGCAAACCUUCAAGCCAAGAAAAAGCCGCUGUCGGACACGUACGAGAAGAAAAACAAAGCCAAAAAG